AUGUUCCGCAGUGCCGUUCGCACACUUCUGGCGAUGAAGACGGUCCCUCUGACGCCGAAGGUUCCCUUUCAGCUCCACACAGCGGACCGCACCGACCUUGCGCCCCUCCCCACCAAGGCCACCUACGACCCCGAGGGCCUGAAGAAGAACCUUGAGUUCAUCCUCACCACCCGCCGCAUGGAACUGAUGUGCGACCAGUGCUACAAGCUCAAGAAGAUCCGCGGCUUCUGUCACUUGUACAUCGGCCAGGAGGCGAUCCCAACUGGGAUGGACAACGUCCUGACACGGGACGACUGCGUCGUGACGUCCUACCGCGACCACAGCUGGUACCUCUCCCGCGGUGGCACCCUCGAUGAGAUCUUCUCCGAGCUUUUCGGCCGUAGCACGGGGGGCAGCAAGGGCAAAGGCGGGAGCAUGCACAUGUACAUGGUGAAGAAUAACUUUUACGGAGGGAACGGCAUCGUCGGAGCGCAGGUCCCGCUGGGGGCGGGAUUGGCGUGGCGGUUCGCCAAGGAGAAUCGGGAUGCCCCCAAGAACGUCGCGGUUACCCUCUACGGGGAUGGGGCAGCGAACCAGGGGCAGGUUUAUGAGGCCAUGAAUUUUGCUGCCCUCCAGCGGAUACCGGUCAUUUUUUGCGUUGAAAAUAACAAGUAUGGAAUGGGCACGAGCACCGACAGGGCAAGCUUCAUGAGCGAGUUCUACCGCCGUGGGAACUACUUGCCAGGUCUGAAGGUCGACGGGAUGGAUAUGUUUGCCGUCCAGGAAGGAACUCGGUGGGCAAAGGAAUACUGCCUCUCUGGAAAGGGUCCCAUCGUGAUGGAGCUCGACUGCUACCGGUACGUCGGCCACAGCAUGUCAGACCCCGACAGCGUCUACCGCCCCAAGUCUGAGGUCCAGAGCACCAGAGAUGAACGUGACUGCAUCACGAACCUGAAGGAAUUCAUCAUAAAUGCGGGUAUCAUGAAGAAUGAGGAGAUUACUGAAAUGGAGAAACGAAUUAAGAAGGAGGUGGAUGUGGCUAUGAAGAAAGCCGAGAAGGCCCCCGUACCUGCCAUGAGCGAGCUUUUUAAUGAUAUCUACUCAGACCAAAAGUUCCUUUUCCGCACUUGCCAGGGCGACGUAUAUAAAGUCGCUGGUAGCUAG